CAGGACAAGAACGCUUUGGGUUGAGCAGCAUUUAGAGUCAUUCAGUGAAUUGAUCACUUUUACCAUGUUCAAUUCAAGAACUACAGGUGAGGACCUUUUACCUGCAUAUUUUGAUAAAUGCUUUCAGAAAUGUAGUUUCUAUGUCUGUGAGAUGCGCGUGUGUGUGAUGUGGGGGGCUUAGGAAGAGGAUCAGUAGAAUAUUAUGGGAUAGAUUUCAGUUCCGCAGGAUCAUUCAUCUCCUGCUUUGUCUGCUCGGUGCUGUUUCUCCGCAAACACGCGCGCACGGAGGCAGACUCAGGUAAACGCACGUGCUCAGAUUUAGGUCAGUGUGCACGCGCAGCCUGUGGGGGUCCUUUGAUGACAAAAAAAAAAAAAGCACCAGCAAGCGAGAAAAAGAAAACAGAUAGAGGAGGGGCAGAAAGGCGGGGGCUGAGUGUCAGGAGGGAGGGAGGGGGGUGAUCCACGGAGCUGGGGAGGCAGAAGUUUCAGAUCUCCACGCACGACCAGGACAGAGGACGGCACGCACGCCCAGACACCAUGCUGCUGCCGGCGCUCCUGCUCCUCGCUCUGCUGUGCCUGAGUCAGCCGGUCGGCGUGCAGACUCUGGCUCGUCUCAUGGACGAUGCAGAGCUGCGCUCGGCUUUCUCGGCGGCUCGCACCAACAGCAUGGAGGGUGGGCCGAAAAUGACAGUGACCUUUGAUGUGGUUUAUGUCAACAUCGGUGGGGAUUUCGAUGCAAAGGCCGGCUUGUUCCGCUGCCGCAUCCCAGGAGCGUACUACUUCUCUUUCACCGUGGGAAAGUUCCCCCACAAAGACCUUUCUGUGAUGCUGAUGAAGAACAGGAAUGAGGUGCAGGCCAUUGUGUAUGAGGAAAACGCUGGAGAGGAGAGGAAGGUGCAGAGCCAGAGCGUCAUGCUUCAGCUGGAGUUUGGGGACACUAUCUGGCUCCGUCUCCAUGGCGACCCUCGCUAUGCGCUCUACAGCAACACUGGACACUACACCACCUUCAACGGUUACCUCGUCUACCCUGACACUUACAGCUACCAGACGCAUAACUACCAGCACCCGAUUUCCCCCCUGCAGGAUGACGUUCAGCCGCUGAGUGAAAACAGGGCCCGAGAAGAGGCCAGCUCCAACCCAAGAGACACUUUGGAAGAGAAGGAAGCGCUGACCAGAGACGAACUGGACGAGCAAGCCCUCGCUGCUGAGGAAGAUGACAGGAGAUCGGCCUUCUCUGUUGGCCGUACUCAGAGCAUUCUGGGAUUGAACCCAGUGGGAAUGCCGCAGCACCAACCAGUCACCUUUGACGCAGCGUUUGUCAACAUAGGAGAAGACUUCAACAUCACAGAGGGGGUGUUCACCUGCCGCGUCCCUGGGGCGUACUACUUCUCAUUCAACGUGGGCAAGCUGCCCCAGAAGACGCUCUCUGUGAAGUUGAUGAAGAACCACUUGGAGGUGCAGGCCAUGAUCUACGACGACAGCCACGGCGAGAAGGCCUUGCAGAGUCAGAGCCUGAUGCUGGCCUUAAAGCCAGGAGACAUCGUCUGGCUCUACUCCCACCAGAGGGAUGGCUUCGGAGCCUACAGCAACCAUGCCAAAUACAUCACUUUCACGGGCUUCCUCGUUUACCCUGAUGUCGCCCUAAAUUCCCCCACCAGCAGUCCUUCUAUCAGCCAGUCCUAUGCCAACAAGACUCCCUAACUGCAGGUCAGAGCUUUAGACUGAGUGUGACAGCAGGAGUCCCUGCAAAGAGAAGUCCAGCUCUAUUUUUUUUCUUUCUUCCUAAGGACUGAUACUCCUUCAAAAAGUCAGAGAUGCAUGCAAACAAAUCCUUGAAAUCUGGCUUCCAUCGCUCAUUCUUCAGGGAGCGUAGCUGUAUCCAUGAGGCGGCGUCAUGUCAAUGGAAGGCAGGGAGAUGAAAUGCUGAUAUUGACACAAAUACUAAGAAUACAUUAGUGACAUUAAUAUUUGCAUGUAAAUGUGGAUUAGAAUUAUCAAAGCAACAUGUUUUUAAAAAAAGAUAUCACAAAAAAAACGAAUAACAUACAGUACAUGUAAAGAUGGAAUUCAGCAGUUUAUGUAAUUGAUCAUUUGAUCUGGUCAACACAUUCUCACUCCCAACUUCUUACAUAUUGAACUGGUCCUCGGGGCAUGGAGCGCACCAGUACCCUAACCCAGAGCCAGUACCCUAACCCAGAGCCAGUACCCUAACCCAGUGCCAGUACCCUAACCCAGAGCCAGUACCCUAACCCAGUGCUGGUACCCGAACCAAUACCAGACGCGGUGCCGGGCGCGAACCGCGGCUGAACGUAAUGCAGGACGCACACGGUACCCUACCCAGCACCAGACACGGUACUGGAUGCGAUACUGGACACAGUACCAGACGCUGUACCAAACCCAAACCAUUAUCAGACGUGGUACUGGGUGCAAACCGGGCCUGGAUGCGGUGCCGGACGUGAACCGGUACCGGAUUUGGGUACCGAUACUGGACCCAUCCCGAGGACCAGUUUGCAUCCAGCAACGUGUCCUGUACCACAUCCAGUAACGUGUCCUGUACCUCAUCCUGAGGGUUGUGGACCCUUUAUUUUACAAACUUAAGUUUAGGGUACCGGCACUGGGUUAGGGUACCGGAGCGCUCUGUGCCCCGAGGACCAGUUUGCGUCUGGGACUGGGUUAGGGUGCCGGUGCGAUCCCAGUCCCGGUACUUGACCGUUCCAAAUCACACCCUGGAGGUUGGGGACCCGUAAUUUAGCAGGAACAGCUGGGACAUCAAAAACACCCAGUUUGGGACACCCAAAACGUCAAAAAGUGACAUGGCGCGGUCCUUAACCAAACGUAAAUAUGUGAUGACUUGGGAGAGAGAAUCUGUUGAUCUGGUGAACAAUAAAACACCUUGGUUGCUUUGAUGGUUCUUAUUUAUAUCCACUGAAAUUUCAGGGUCUUCUUUGUGGUGAAAAAGUAUUUUAAAGCUGUAACCUCCCCAGUGGAGAAACUUGUGUUUGUGCUUAUGUAAGUCUGUUGUGCUCGUUGUUGCAUGCAUGCAAAACCCCUUUUGUGUCAGAACGUCUUCCUUCUUGUGGAUCUGGACGUCUGAGGUUUUGGCACAGUGAGAACAGAAGAACCCAAGCAGACAAAGCUUUGGAACAGACUUGCCGUCCAUCUGAUUCUGGACCACCUACCCCCCUCCAGCCUGCGGCGGCGGCCACACUGUGAUUUAUUUUCUAUGCCUGGCAAUGUUCAGCUCUGUGCUGUUGGUUUCAUUUUCCAGAAAAAAAUGUUUUUAAUACCUUUCAUAUUAACACUUUCUUUACAAAAAACAGCACUCUUACUUCACAAUGUUCACACAGAGAUGUAAAAGAUUUUGCUAACAAAAACUAAUAACCAAUAUGGUCAGACAGAUCCAAAACCAAGAUCUUCUAACAGAUGAAAAGGCAGGGUGAUCUAACAGAUCUAAUAACACAAGCAGAUCUCAAAGCAGGAUGUUAGCAUGGAUCUAGAAUCAGGAUUUUCACAAAGAUCCAUGUAAGAUCAGUACCCAAACGUGGGAUACCAUCUAUAGAGUUAUCCACAGAAGGACGGUGUGCUUAAAGGUGUAACUGGGGCGUUUUGGUGAGCUUCCUGUCACAUCCUCCCAAUCCUGUGUCAGUCCCAGUAAAUAAACA